AUGCUGUGGCUGCUGUUGCUGACCCUCCCCUGCCUGGGGGCGUCUGUGCCCAAACUCCCAGCACCUGCCCCCGAGAGGGAGUUGGUGGGCAUCGUGGGGGGCCACAUCCCCCAGGGCAAGUGGCCGUGGCAGGUGAGCCUGAGGGUCUACGUUUAUCACUGGGCCUCCUGGGUGCACAUCUGCGGGGGCUCCCUCAUCCACCCCCAGUGGGUGCUGACCGCCGCCCACUGCAUCUCCCGGAAAGACACCGACCCGUCAGCCUACCAGAUCCACGCUGGGAACGUGUACCUGUACGGGGGUGAGGCGCUGGUCAACGUGAGCCGCGUCGGCGUCCACCCCGACUCCAUCUCUGCCUUCCUGGGAUUUGACCUGGCGCUGCUGAAGCUGGCCAGCCCCCCGAGGAAGCCGGCCACCCUGCCCCUGCAGCCCCUGGAGUUCAGGCCAGAGGGCGAGUGCUGGCUGUCGGGCUGGGGCAGGGGCUUCUACUUUGACCCGCUGCACCCCCCCCACCGCCUGCAGCACGUGCAAAUCCCCCUGGAAGAGGAGGGGGCCUGCGAGCAGAGUUACAGAAGGUUCCUGCACACCAGAGCCAACAGGCGGGCCAUCCCGGGGGACGUGCUGUGUGCCGGGACCCUGGGCCGUGGCCCCUGCAUGGGGGAUUCCGGGGGCCCCCUGGUGUGCAAGAAGAAAGGGACCUGGGUCCAGGUGGGCGUGGUCAGCUGGGGCACCGGCUACUCCAUGUUCGAGCUGCCUGCCGUCUUCACAAACGUGCAGAGCCACGUGGACUGGAUCCGGCAGCAGCUGCGGAGGCGCCGGUGA